AUGGUUCGGUCCCCACCCCGACGCUAUGAGGAUGAAUCGGAGACGUCGGCGUGCUACUACCCGCCCAACGACAUGGGCCCGUUCCUGUCGACGUCCUACAGCCGAAGCGUGGCCCCACAGAAGAAAGAGCGCUCGAAGCUGCUCAUGAAGGCGAUCCCAGUCGUCUGUGGUGUCGUCGUACUCGUAAUUGUCAUCGUCAUAGUAGCCGUGACUGUGCACAAAUCCAGCAGCUCCGACGACGAGUCCAGCGCUGGGAACGCUGGGAAUUCCAGUUCCUCUUCGGGUUCUUCAUCGUCCUCAACACUGUCGGAGUCUUGCCCCGUCGUCGCUGCUAAAGACCGCACCGUUGCCUUCUGGCAGAGUGAAGUGGCUGGGUGCGACACUGUCCCGGACGGAGUCACGCACGUCGUCUUCGGGUUCGCCCUUGUGGCUGACGGCGUCGUCGUGCCUUCGUUCCAGUCCACGGACGCCAACAUUUCGCAGUGUGUGCAGCAGCUCCACGAUCGGUGCAUUCUGGCCAUGGCGAGUAUUGGUGGGUCAACCAACAACCAAAACAUAUCGGAUGUUGCAAAUGCUACGCUGUUCGCACAGUCUGCAGCGGCUUUAGUGUCCAAGUUCGGGUUUGCCGGGAUCGAUCUGGACGAUGAGACUGUCGGGGCGGAGUUUAGUGCGGAUCGGACUGUUGGAAUGCUCAGAGCUACGCGAGAAGCUCUGGAUGCGGCUGGUGACACGUCGACGCUGUUGACUUAUGACGCCUAUUUCUAUGAAGGAGACGCGUCCGUUUGCUCAGCGGAGGCGACUGCGGCGUACUCGCGUUGCUUCCCCACUGGAGUAUUGGAAUACGUCGACUGGGUGAACAUUAUGGCGUACAACGUCAACUUGGAUAAUGAAACGGCCGCUUCGAUUUACGCCUCUGCGGUGAGCACGACGUUUGCUGCGUGGGGGACGCAACUGGGUGGGAACUUCUCGCUGGCAACGAUUGGCCUCUGUGUGGGUGGAGGCUGCGCGUAUGGACCUGGACCGAACGCGACGGUUAUUGCUGAGUGGGAGACGUUUGCGCGUCAAGAAGGGUAUGGCGGCAUGAUGAUUUACUCGGCAUCAGCAGAGGUGAGCGAUGAUUUUCCAGUAACGCGGAGUAUCGUCAGUACGACUCUCAGCUCAAGUUAG